AUGGACAUAAUGGCCAAUGUGCUGCUGGCGGCGGGCGCCUCCCCCGCGAUGGCGCAUGCCUUGGAUGAGGUCCAGGACUUUGUGGCGAUCAGCAGCGCGCUCCUCAUCAACAUGGGCACGCUCAGCUCCGACUGGGUGGCCUCCAAAAAGCUGGCGGCCGCCAAGGCGGUGGCGCUGGGCAAGCCCUGGGUGCUCGACCCGGUCGGCUGCGGCGCCACGCCCUACCGCACGGCCGCCUGCCUGCACAUGCUGCAGCUCAAGCCCACCGUGGUCAGGGGCAACGCGUCGGAGAUCCUCGCACUCGCGGGCGCCGCAGCCAGCGUCAAGGGUGUGGACAGCACAGCGGCCAGCCACGAGGCACUGGAUGCGGCCAAAAAGAUCGCGCAGCAGUACGGCUGCAUCGUGGCCGUGUCGGGCGCGACAGAUCUGGUCACCGACGGCAGCCGCGUGGUGGGCGUGAGCAACGGGACGGCCCUGCUCACCCAGAUCACUGCAACCGGCUGCAGCGUGACCGCCCUCAUCGCUGCCUUCCUGGCAGCUGCCCCCGAAGGCGCAGCGCUGCAGGCCGCGGCCGCGGCCCUGGCUGUGUUUGGGCUCGCUGGAGAGGUUGGUCUUGCAAACGCGCCGCGCCCGGGCCCCGGCAGCCUGCGGGUCGGCCUGCUUGAUGCGCUGCACCUCCUGGGGGAGGCCGAGGUUGUGGCCGGCGUCAACCUCAGCGAGCAGUGA